UGUAGCCCGAAGUUUUUUUUUUUGGUUGUAUAGGAGUAUAUAUUUUACAUUAUAAUUCGCAAGGCAAAACCAGGGCAAAAACCUUAAAUUGAUAAAACUACAAAAUCCUGUUUCUUUUGCAGUAAAAUUGAGAAGCAAGAACUCGUACAUGGCGACGAAGUUGUUGGCAUUGGCAUGCAUACGAAACGAUGGUUGUGGGGAUUUGUCGCCAAGGCCUCAUUAUCCUUCGAUGCUGAAGUACCCGAAAGGGGUUUCGGCACAAGAAACGAGUUUGCAAGGAUCAGAGGCCAGCGCAAUGUUUUCAGUUACAGGAAUGACAUGUUCGGCCUGCGCUGGAUCCGUCGAGAAGGCUGUCAAGAGGCUUCCAGGAAUCCGGGAAGCUGUGGUUGACGUUUUGAACAACAGGGCACAAGUUAUGUUCUACCCAAGUUUUGUCAAUGAGGAGACCAUUCGUGAGGCCAUUGAAGAUGUUGGAUUUCAAGCUGCAUUGAUUGAAGAUGAGACAAAUGAGAAAUCCAUUCAAGUAUGCCGAAUACACAUUAACGGCUUGACCUGCACUUCUUGCUCCUCCACUGUUGAAAAAGCUUUGCAGGCAAUUCGUGGUGUUCAAAAGGCCCAAGUGGCUUUAGCAACUGAAGAAGCAGAAGUUCAUUAUGAUCCAAAAAUUGUGAACCACAAUCAGCUAAUGGGAGCAAUAGAAGAUGCUGGAUUUGAAGCCAUACUAGUUAGUACGGAAGAAGACAUGAGCAAGAUUGAUCUUCAAGUUGAUGGCGUCAAGAAUAGUGAUUCAAUGAGAAUGCUUGAAAAUUCCCUUCAAGCACUUCCAGGGGUUCAAGCUGUAGAUAUAUCAUUUGAACUCAAAAAAAUUUCAGUCUCAUACAAACCAGAUAUUACAGGACCAAGAAACUUUAUCAGAGUGAUUGAGUCAACUGGGAGUAGCAGGAGUUUCAAGGCAACUAUAUUUCCUGAAGGAGGAGGUGGAAGGGAGAAUCAUAGAAAGGAAGAAAUUAAGCAGUACUUUAGAUCCUUCUUAUGGAGCUUGAUUUUCACUAUUCCUGUGUUUUUAACCUCCAUGAUUUUCAUGUAUAUCCCGGUAAUUAAGCAUGGAUUGGAUACCAAAGUAGUCAAUAUGCUAACUUUUGGUGAGACUAUGAAGUGGGUGCUAUCAACUCCAGUGCAAUUCAUUAUAGGGCGUCGAUUCUAUACUGGUUCCUACAAAGCAUUGCGCCAUAGAUCUGCCAAUAUGGAUGUUUUAAUCACCUUAGGGACGAAUGCAGCCUAUUUUUAUUCAGUCUACACAGUGUUAAGAGCUGCUACCUCUCCAUAUUUUGAAGGUACAGAUUUUUUUGAGACAAGUGCAAUGCUUAUUUCAUUUAUUCUACUUGGGAAGUAUCUGGAGGUUCUAGCCAAGGGAAAGACAUCUGAGGCCAUUGCCAAGCUUAUGAAUCUUGCACCUGAGAGAGCAAUAUUGUUGACUCUGGAUAAGGAAGGAAAUGUGAAAAGUGAAGAAGAAAUCGAUAGUCGAUUGAUACAAAAGAAUGAUAUUAUCAAAAUUAUUCCAGGCGCUAAAGUGGCUUCGGAUGGGUUUGUUUUGUGGGGGCAAAGCCACAUAAAUGAAAGCAUGAUAACAGGAGAGGCACGGCCAGUGGCAAAGAGGAAGGGUGAUACAGUUAUUGGAGGCACAGUUAAUGAGAAUGGAGUAUUACAUAUUAAGGCAACAAAGGUUGGUUCAGAAAGUGCACUCGCACAGAUUGUUCGGCUCGUUGAGUCCGCUCAGAUGGCCAAAGCUCCUGUACAGAAGUUUGCUGACCGCAUUUCCAAAUAUUUUGUACCUCUGGUGAUCAUUCUUUCAUUUUCAACGUGGCUUGCCUGGUUUUUAGCUGGAAAGUUCCAUGGCUACCCAGAAUCAUGGAUACCGUCUUCGAUGGACAGGUUUGAGCUUGCACUUCAGUUUGGAAUCUCAGUCAUGGUCAUAGCAUGUCCGUGUGCUCUGGGCCUUGCAACCCCAACUGCUGUCAUGGUUGGUACUGGAGUUGGUGCAUCUCAAGGCGUACUAAUCAAAGGGGGUCAAGCAUUGGAAAGUGCACAUAAGGUAAAUUGCAUUGUAUUUGACAAGACGGGAACUCUCACAGUUGGAAAGCCAGUGGUUGUUAACACAAGACUCUUGAAAAAUAUGGUGCUUCAUGAAUUCUACGAGCUUGUUGCAGCAACUGAGGUAAACAGUGAGCAUCCACUAGCCAAGGCCAUCGUUGAGUAUGCCAAGAAGCUCAGAGAAGAUGAAGAGAACCCUGCUUGGCCAGAGGCACGAGACUUUGUCUCUGUAACAGGUCAUGGAGUGAAAGCUGUUGUCAGGAACAGAGAAGUAAUUGUGGGAAACAAGAGCUUGAUGUUGGACCACAGCAUUGCGGUUCUCGCUGAAGCUCAAGAUAUGCUAACAGAAACUGAAGGGAUGGCACAAACUGGCAUUUUAGUAUCAAUAGAUGGGGAAGUGACCGGAGUUCUAGCCAUAUCUGAUCCGGUGAAACCAGGUGCUCAGGAAGUUAUCUCCAUUCUCGAGUCUAUGAAUGUCAGAAGCAUCAUGGUGACAGGUGACAAUUGGAGAACUGCAAGUUCCAUUGCCAGGCAAAUUGGAAUUGAAACUGUUGUUGCAGAAGCCAAACCUGAACAGAAAGCAGAGAAAAUAAAAGACUUACAGGCAGCAGGUUAUGCUGUGGCAAUGGUAGGAGAUGGCAUUAAUGACUCGCCAGCACUUGUAGCAGCAGAUGUUGGAAUGGCAAUUGGUGCUGGCACAGAUAUUGCUAUAGAGGCAGCUGACAUUGUUCUCAUGAAGAGCAACUUAGAGGACGUGAUCACUGCUAUACACCUUUCCAGGAAAACCUUUUCUCGAAUUCGCCUGAACUACAUCUGGGCUUUGGGGUAUAAUAUUCUUGGUAUUCCAAUAGCUGCUGGGGCUCUUUUUCCAUCUACUGGAUUUCGUUUGCCUCCGUGGAUUGCUGGAGCUGCAAUGGCUGCCUCUUCAGUUACUGUUGUUUGCUGCUCCCUCUUGUUAAAGAAUUACAAGAGACCCAAGAAGCUGCAAAACCUUGGGAUACGUGGAAUAAAGAUUGAGUGAUAGAUGGUAAAUGUUCUAGAUCUAAUCUUGUAUAUAAAUGUUUAGAUCUAAUCUUGUUGACAGAGCGCAAACUCUUAAUUUUAGAGUUCAAAUCCCGAUAAUCCUACGUACCAAAAAAAAAAAGACCUCAACGAGAGCUUCGAAACCAGAUGGCUACAGAUUCUUGGACUUUGCUAACUUUUUUCAUAUUAUCCAUUUAAAAGCUUCAUUAUCGUAACUAGUCUUCACCUUGUUCUAAUUGUGAGUCAGCUAAGAGCAGAUACAAAUUAUUUAUGGUUCAUAUCUCGGUAGAACUCUUGCUGAUUAUCCCAUGAAACACACCACGACAACCGAGGACUUGGAAAAAUAUUUCGAGAUUUUGAUAGUUUUGUCAGAAACCUUCCUUGUCUAGCCUACAACAUGCUAUCUGUCCUGGCAGGCAGCCGGAGGAAGAAGCUAAUUGGCACCGGUGGCAACCUGUAGCGGAAUCUUGGGUGUCUCAUCACAUAGAACCCUGCCAGGGCUGCCGCUAUCACUUGAAAU